CCCCGCGGACCAACCGAAACGUUUUAUCAUGAAGGCGAUUUAAUUAGCUACAUUUUAUUAUUUGUUAUCAAUCUAAGCAUCAGUACUGGAAUGCGACGACUAGUAAAUAAGACCCGAGUCUCUUCGCGCGUACAAUAACAAUGAUCGUAUGAUUAGGUCCAACGCAUCCAGUCAUGUUUCUUUUGCAUCCGCUGCUGCAGAUCUCUGUUCUGCUGGAUGCGGUUUCUGCCAGCCCUACCGAUGAUAAUGUGCUGCGGGCCGGUCAUGGAGAACACGGAGAGCCGGGGCAUGAAGAACCCCAUAAGGAUUCCUACAGUACAUUCGCCUCCGAGUUCCUCGAGUCCAGAUACCUCUCAGACGAAGGUUACCCCUUCCCAGCUGCACCCCCUGUAGACCCAUUUGCCCGCAUCAAAGUUAGCGACUGUGGAAUAACCAAAGGAUGCAUCAGAUAUGGCAAACCAGGCUGUGACGCAGAGACUUGUGACUACUUCCUGAGUUUCAGACGCAUUGGCACAGAUGUGGAAUUCGAGAUGAGUGCAGACACUGAUGGAUGGGUUGCUGUCGGUUUCUCCUCUGACAAAAAAAUGGGAGGUGAUGAUGUCAUGGGCUGUGUUCAUGACGAUAACGGACGUGUACGGAUACAUCAUUUCUACAACGUGGGCCAGUGGGCCAAAGAGAUCAAGCGCAACCCGGCGCGGGAUGAGGAGGGCAUCUUUGAAAACAACCGCGUCACGUGCCGCUUCAAACGGCCUCUUCAUGUGCCACGGGAGGAGACGCUGGUGGACCUGCACCUCAGCUGGUACUAUCUGUUCGCUUGGGGACCUGCCAUUCAAGGUUCCAUCACAAGGCAUGACAUCGACUCCCCACCAGUGUCAGAUCGCAUGAUUAGCAUCUAUAAAUAUGAGGACAUUUUCAUGCCCGCCACAGCCUAUCAGACAUUCUCCUCUCCCUUUUGCCUCCUCCUCAUCGUUGCUCUUACCUUCUACCUGCUGAUGGGCACACCAUAACCAGCGAAGCCGUGUCACUGAGAGAAUAAAUGAAUACAACAAACUAUGGAGCCACUAUAGCAUGACUGUGUGCCAACAUAACAGUAUUAGAAACAGGCAGCAAUAAAUUGCAAUUCUAUAAUAUCCUCAAUCUAUGUACACUAGAAAGGUAUUUGGACUGUGGAUUAAUAUUCAGUUUUAUACAAGCAAUGAUUCUCAUUUAGAGGAGAGAGGGUCAACCAUACACUUAUUAUAUAUUACAAUAUAUUUUAUUUUGAUGAAAGAGUAGAGAAACCUCAAGUGGUAUGUUAUGGUAGGUAUAGCCUACAAUAGUUGAAACAAUCUGAGCCAAAUUAAUGUUAAUAUUCAGUAUACUUAAAGUGCAGUCACAUUAGUGAACUUUCAGUAAAAUUUUGCAUUCAAGAAAGUCCAUUGUAUAUCCCUGUCAAACCAUCAGCUUUCUGUUGGUCAAAGCUGUGA